UCGGUUUUGAGCGCGUUUUCAGCAGGGUCGAGAAAGUAACAAUUUCCCGGCCAAGCAAGUUGGUUAUAAAGUUUACACCUGCAAUCUCUUUUUCCUGAACUGAUUAAAAAUAAUUCUAAUACUUCUUAAUCCAAUUUUGGUACUGAGAUUUUUGAUCCUGUGCCUUAUUGGCCUCACUUUUAUCUUCAAGUCUGGUUCCCUUGAAGAGAGUCAGUGUUAAAGCCAUGAAGAAAGUACAGAAGCUACCACGAAGUCCAUUCUUAACAAAGAACUGCUCAGAAAAUGAAUUUGAAUCUUUGUUGUCAACACUGCCCCAAAAGCUGAAUCAGAAGUUGCUUCCUUUCCAGAAAGAAGGUGUCAAGUUUGCCAUUGAGAGAAAUGGCAGGUGUAUGAUUGCAGACGAGAUGGGCCUGGGCAAAACUAUUCAAGCAAUUGCAAUAUCCUACUUGUAUAAAAAGGAAUGGCCUGUGCUGAUCGUUGUUCCAUCAUCACUUAAGUAUCCCUGGAUAGAAGAAAUAGAAAAAUGGAUCCCUGAUCUCAAUCCUGAUGAUAUUAAUCUAAUUGAGUCUAAAAGUGAUGUAGGGAGAAUUCCAGCCAGCAAGGUUACCAUUCUUGGUUAUGGCCUUUUGAUGACAAAGGCACAGACCUUAAUAGAUGCUUUGUAUGAUCAAAAUUUUCAAGUUGUUAUUGUUGAUGAAUCUCACUACAUAAAGUCACGUAUUGCAGCACGAAGCACAAUUUUGGUGCCUAUUAUACAAAAAGCCGCUAGAGCAGUCCUGUUGACUGGAACUCCUGCACUUAGUCGCCCUGAAGAGCUUUUCAUGCAGAUUAAUGCACUGUGUCCAAGAAAAUUUGGAACUUGGACUGAAUAUGCAAAAAGGUACUGCAAUGCUCAUCGUAGAUAUUUUGGCAAAAAAGCUCUGUGGGAUUAUAAAGGAGCCUCCAACUUAGACGAACUUCACCAACGUUUGAGCAACAUAAUGAUCCGAAGAAUGAAGGAUGAAGUUCUGACCCAGCUGCCUCCAAAGAUUCGGCAACAAAUCCCAUUUGAUUUGUCAAAGGAUGCUGCUAAGGAAAUGAAUGACAGUAUUGAAGAGUGGGAAAAAUUAAUGAGAGAUCUGCAUUCAAGACCUGCAGAGACCGAUAACUCCUUUCCAGAAGUCAUGGGGCUCAUCACUCACAUGUAUAAACAAACUGCUAUUGCAAAGGCAGGAGCAGUGAAGGACUACAUCAAAAUGAUGCUGGAAAACAAAAAACUGAAGUUCUUAGUUUUUGCUUAUCAUUUAGCCAUGUUGCAGGCUUGCACAGAGGCAGUGGUAGAAACUAAGGUACGAUAUGUAAGAAUCGAUGGCAAUGUUCCAUCAUCAGAAAGGAUUCAUCUUGUCCAUCAGUUUCAGAAUGAUCCGAAGGUGCAAGUUGCAAUUCUUAGCAUCAAAGCUGCUGGACAGGGUUUAACAUUUACAGCUGCUACACAUGUUGUCUUUGCUGAGCUGUACUGGGAUCCAGGUCACUUACUGCAGGCAGAAGAUCGAGCUCACCGAAUAGGACAGUGUAGUUCAGUUCACAUUUAUUAUCUCAUUGCCAAAGGAACACUGGACUCAUUCAUGUGGAACAUGCUAAAGCGUAAGACUUGUGUUACCAGCAACACCCUCAAUGGAAUAAAGCAACGUUUGGAAGUAGAAGAGGGGGAUAAAGAAAAAUGGGAUUUCUUAAGUACUGCAUUGGCCUGGGUGCCAAAUGAAAAUUUACCAGAAACUCACGAAGUGUUCUUCACCCAUUUUGAGAAAGAAAAACAACAUGAUAUCCGCUCGUUCUUUUCAUCAAAACCUGGCUCUGCAGAGAAACGCAAAAGAACACCUCAAGACCUGCCCCCCUGCCAGUUUCCUGAUAUCAUUGAGCUCGAAGAAUUUCCAAAUUCCCCUAAGUUAACUCAGCAAUCGCAAAGAGAACUGGAUGAAAUGAAUGCAGGAGAAACUGGAGAAAAUGUGAAUGAAGAGAAGUGUGAAACAAGCAACAACAAGAUCUUCCUAAAAGCUGACUCGGACCCUCAGAAUAAACGAUUUAAAUCUUUAUGUCAAGAACGUCAAACCUGUGCAAAUACAAAAAAUAGGCAGCCCAAAGUUGGGACAUUACCGUCUACAUUAAGUAUUCAAAGAACUCAACAGUUAUCGGGUGAAACACCAGUUAUCUCAAGAAAAAUGCAUCUAUCUGAAAAAACAUGGAACUGCACUAAAUGCACAUAUACCAAUAAUACCUUCUUGUCUUACUGUGAAAUAUGCAAAACUCUCAGAGAUAUUGGCAAUCAAGAAGAACAACAUAUGUCCUGUCAGACAUAUCCAAGUGAAAAUGAAUGUCAAACUGGAACCCAACCCCAGUCAGAAUGUACAGUCCAAUCUGACCUAGAAAAUGAAAAAGGUGAAUCAAGUACACCUACUGAGCAGAUAAGUAGUGAAAUGAAGCACUGCAGUACAGUGAAAUCUGAAGAAGGGCUUUCAUCUUUUAAUAUUGACAAAAGCAGUAAUGCAAUUACCAUAAGUGAACAAAGUUUCAAUAAUGAGUAUCAGCAGCUACCAGUAGAACAGCAUGAUACCCCAUGUGAUGUUCCAGUUUAUGAUGGCUUCAUGUAUUUUGCAAGCAAGAAUACUGAUAGAAUACAUCUCUACACAAAGGAGGGAGAACCGUUAAAGUGCAGUUUUAUUCCUCUAGAUGUACUAUUAGAAAACUGGGAGGACUUGCCAACGUUCUUUGAACAGAAAAGAAGUCGUGCAGUGCUUCUGCGAUUUGUACGUGAAUGGCAAAGUUUAUCUGCCAUGAAACAAAGAAUAAUUAGGAAGAGUGGCCACCUUUUUUCCAGUCCUAUUCUUGAAGUGGAAACUAUCAUGAAAGGCCAACGUAGACAAAGUUGCACAAAAAGAUAUAUAACAAAAGAAGAUGUCGCUCUUCAGUCUCUGAGUAAGGCGCACGGAGAAGGAGGAAGUACAAGAGUUGUAGCAAGAGAAACAACAUCCCAUGUCAAAAAUAGAAUCAAAUCUUCCAAUCAAACCAUUAAGGAAAGUUUAAACAAUCAAACAAAUGGAAGCAUUGCAAGUAAUAUCGACAAGAAUACUUCUCUAUUACCAUUAACUAAUGAAGAAUCUGACAUAUCUCCAGAAAUUGGCUAUGUACAAGCUGUGAACAAAGACGGAAACCCACUUUGCCUUGGUUGUCAGCAGCCAACAAUCCAGGUCAGCAAGCAUCAUGAAUCUACAGCUUGGGAUACACGAUUUUGCUCCCAAAAAUGCCAGGAAGACUUUUUGGUUCGAUCUAAUCGGGGUUACAUGAGAUCAAAAGUAUUUGAAGCUGAGCGAGGAAUCUGCCAGCACUGUGAGCUGAAUGCUCAGCAAUUGUACCUUAGUGUUCGAGAUACCGCAAAAACCCAUCGGAAAGCACUGCUUGAAAAUACCUGGCUAUCACAGCUUCCACUAGAUCAGUUGAAUGAAAUGAUUUCAAAUCCAACAGAGGGCCAAUUUUGGCAAGUAGAUCACAUCACACCUGUAUAUGGUGGAGGAGGACAGUGCUCCCUUGAAAACCUACAGACCCUCUGUACAGUCUGUCAUAAAGAGCGAACUGCAAAACAAGCUAAGGAAAGAAGCCAGGCAAAGAGGCUGACAGAAGCUUUGAAAUAUGGGUCAGACAUCAGAAAUUUUUUUACAAAGAAGUAAAGAAUAAGUAUAAAUGUAAAUUAAGGGGUUGAAACAUCACAUUAUUUGAAUGGUUUGCAAUAAGAUUUUAGUGCUAAUAAAUAUGGAAUGUGUGUUUGCCUGCUUGUCACUUUACAAUUUAGAUUUUCAAUGUACAAUAAAAACAUAUCCAUGGCUAUCACAUUCUGUUGUACAGGAAGUCCCCGGAUUACGAACAAGUUCUGUUUCUGAGACUGUUCAUAACCCGAUUUUGUAUGUAACUCGGAACAGUGUCCGCGAAUGCGCACUUGGGCCGGGGAUCGCAGCAGCACAUGGCCCUAGCCACACAUACGCACUUGGCCCAGGGUUCCCCGGCUAUAUAUGCGCACUUGGCCCGGAGUUGGGCCCAAAGAAGGUGUACCGCCGCCGUGGUAGGAUCAGGGGCCAGGCCCGCUUACAAACCGACCACGAAGGUCAGUUCGUAAGUUGGGGACUUCCUGUAUUACUGUUCUCUAAUCUAGAAAAACAGGCAUAUUUGGCACAAUACAGUUCAAUAGGUUAACCACACCAGGAAGCAUGUUUUUCUCUUUCAUAUUGAAUAUCCACCUUUCCUUUUAUAGAGCUUUUCAGUUUUUAUAUUUUGUCAGGUGUAGUCUGUUAUUUUCCCUCUGACAAUUUAUCUUCAUUAUUGACCAUUGUGUAUGUGUGGGUCUUGAUGGUAAGAGUUGGUUAACUGUUUACACUGUAGCUGUUGCAUUUGCAGAAAUGUAAAAUAUGAAGUUUAAAUGGUCCCUUCAUAGUUAAAAUAUGGGACACAUGAAUGAAUAAAGGAACCUUCACUGUUUAUAAAUUCAAAGUGCCAUGCUGUGCUUCUGAUCAGCCUUUGAAGAUUAAAUGUUUGGAAUACUUCCUUCAAUUGAUCAUUAAAAUCUUUUGAACAAUCAGUUUGAUCACAGCUGCUGAACAGCAGAGAUCCCUUUGAAUGUAUCCCUGUUAUCAACCAACAUCAGAAAAGGGGAAGCUUUUUUUCACUAGAUUUACACCAGAAUGUGGCAAGUAAUAGAUGCGUGUACAGGUACAUGGGUAGGAAAGAUUUAGAGGGAUAUGGGCCAAACACAGGCAAAUGGGACUAGCCUAGGUAGGCAACAUGGUUGGCGUGGACGAAUUGGGCCGCAGGGCCUAUUUCCGUGCUGUAAAAUUUCCCAUACUAAUCCCAUUUUCCAGCACUCACCCCAGAGCCUUCUAUGCCUUGGCUUUUUAAGUGCUCAUCUCAUACUACUAAAAAUGUGGUGAGAGUACCUAUCUCCACCAUCCCUUUACCCAGUGUGUGUUUGAGAUUUCAUCCAGUCCUUUGGGUGAAAAAUCUCAGAUUUCCUUUAAUUCUCCUACUCAUCAUAAAUCUGCACCCUCUGGUUAGAGACAUCUCUGCUCUGGGGAAAAGUUUCUCACUAUCUACCCUAUCUAUAUCCCUUGUAAUGCCUGGUGCUCCUCAGACUUGUUGCUCCAAGAAAAACAAACCCAGCCUAACCUGUGUUGAAACACUUCCAUCCCAGGCAAAAUCCUGGUGAAUGUCCUUCGCACCCUCUCUGAUGUCUUUCUUAUAAUGUGGUGACUAGAAUCGCAUGCAGUACUCCAACUGUGGCCAAACUAUUUUUAUGUAAUUGCACGUCAACCUGCCAGCUCUUGUAUUCUAUGCUUCCACUACUGAAGGCAAAUAGACCAUGUGCUUUCUUAACCACCUUAUCUCCUUGUGCUGCUGACUUCAGGGAUUUUUGGAUAUGUUCUUUAGUAAUUCCCAAACUCCUGUCAUCAGUCCUCCCAAAAUGCACCACCACAAAUUUUUCAGGAUUAAAUUACAUCUGGCAUACCAACUCGUCAAUACCAUUCUUUAGCCAAAGAUUACCCUCGUCACAGUCAACAUCAUCACCAUUUUUUGUUUCAUCUACAAACUUACCAAUUAUACUUCCAACAUGCAGGUCCAGAUUGCUGACGUAUGUAACAAACAGCAAGGAUCCCAACACUGGUCACAGGCUGCCAAUUGCAAAAAUAAUCCUGUGCCUCUUACCACUAAGUCAAUUUCAGAUCCAAUUUGCCAAAUUGCUCUGGAUCCCGUAGGUUCUGACCUUUGAACUGGUCUCUCAUGUGGAACCUUGUCAAAACCUUACUGAAGUCCACACAGAGUACGUCAAUCACACAUUGACACACAUUUAACUCUUUGAAAAUUUAAAUCAAGUUAAUCAAACUGUGCUAGCAAUCCUUGAUUAAUCCUUUCCCUUCGAGUCUUGCAUUAAUUUCACUAUCACUUGUAUUAGACUCACUGAACUCUAAUUACCUGUCUUAUCACUGCUGCCCUUGAGUCAGGGUACCACAUUUUUCAGUGACAUGAGAAAAUUUCUUUCAGAAAUCUGGCAACUUUCAUCUCUGGCCUCCCAGAUAAGAUGUAUCCCAGGCUGGAACUUUCUUCCCGCCUACCCUGCUCUGACUCCUUGGCAUUGCUACUAUCACUCACUGAUACAUCCCUCACCAGUUAGUGACUUGAGUUCAUGUCACACCCUUCCUGCAACUGUAACAAACCAUCUAUCUACAUCCUAUCUUUGCUAAAGUCUAUCUAAUCAGGAUUUGUCUCUAAUCAUCCUUUGCACAGGAAUUAGUGGAAGUGAAGGACAUUCAUUGCCUCAAUGCCCCAUUGGAUAUCAAUUACAUUGUGACUGGAGCUUGAUAAACAGACUUUGAAUAGGCCAAAAAUUACCUGCAGUUUACCUUCAUCAUUUAGGUGUUUUUGUGGAUGCAGACAGAGGAUUAUUGCUUCAUCAAACUCGAGGUGGUCUAAGCCUCAACUUUGGCUCUGUGGCUGUUCAAUUGUUGAAAAAUGCAUAUUGUUAUUGUAAAUUAAAAUAAC